AUGAACAAAGAGACAUCAGAAUAUCCACACCGACAGCUGCUCCCUAAAGUCUCCCUUGGGAAAGUAGGCCACUCCCACUCUCCCGUCCACGCUCCAUCCAAGCGCAGAUCACUCGCGUGCACAAAUUGCCGGAGAAAACAUAUUAAGUGCACUGGUCCUCCAUCCUGCGAAACAUGUGUUCAUUCUGGGCGAGCUUGUGUAUUCGAGCCCUCUAAAGACCGACGAAGAAAAGAAGCUCUGCGACAUGCUGAAAAGGCAACAGAAAGAUACAGAAACGCCCUGGUGAUGGUGAUUCAGACAUUCAAAAGCGGUGCAGAUCAGGAUGUCCGUGAUCUGGUGGAUAGGAUGAAACAAUCUUCUUCGGUUGAUGACAGUCUGGCAGAGCUGCAAGAAAUGACCCAUAGGGAGAAGUAG